AUGUCCUACUUCCGCAUCACCCUCAUUCGCUCCGCGAUUGGACUGCCCCGCCGCUCAACAGAUGUCCUCAAGGCGCUCGGCUUGAAGAAGCGUAUGGCCACAGUCUUCCACAGAGUCUCGCCCUCCGUCGCGGGUCAAAUCAUGAAAGUCAAGGAACUUGUCCAGGUCGAGGAGUGCCAGUACCGUCUUACAAAGCAAGAGGUCCACCUUGAGCGCAAGCCCGAUCCAGGAUACUACACCGAGAAGAGCUCUUCGGAGCAGCGGGGGAGCUUGCUGGCCAGUGAUUGUUCUUCAGCUCUUCAUGGAAUGGGAUGCUUUUCGAAUUGGUUCGAUCUAGCUGGUCUCGACGGUCGAGUUUCAGUCUGA